GUACAGUACUUACGUACAUACUCUGCACAACGUAUGUAGGUAUGUACGUGUACGUGUACAUGCCAUGGUCCGUAAUUAUGGGGUGCAUUCAAAGAGAAUCCUCAAGGCCAGGCCAGUGCUUGGAGGUUUUGUUGUCACGUUUUGUUUGUCGGGACACUUCGAUUUGGGACCAAAUGCAGCCAGUCUUAGACCUCAAAAUAUGCGGAGUAAUCAUCGUGUAGCCGUAACGCUGGACAUCUUCGCCCUUCGAACAAGGAAAAAUAAUCGGUCCUCCAUAGAGUCUGACGUUGCGGGGAGGAUGGGCAGAAGACAAUCUUCCCAGACCAAACGAUGUGCAGCGAUCGGCGAGUAAACUUUCCCGGAGACAAAC